AUGUUCUGUAACCUGAUCGGUGAGCGCCGCAUCACGAGGGAAACAAUCGAGGCCUGGCACACUGGCGCGAACUCCAUCAACCGCAGCGUAGCGCUUCCUGAGGCUUACCAGGCCCUCCGGACGCAGCUUAGUGAACAGAAGAGCAGAGUCAGGCUGCGACAAGACAGAAACCCAAGUACGGCCGAGUCCAUGGGGGCCACACGCGCAGCCCUACUUCAACCCGAAUCUGACGAAGGUGCGAUCGUCACUACAGCCGCGUCGUCCACUUAUCUGGCAGGUGUGAGGACGAACGAUCGCAGUAACGCCAACGGACCCGAUGAAGGUGCUAUCAUCACUGCCACUUAUGCGGCAGGUGAGAACACAAGUGACGGCAGGGUGACAAAGAAGAUUGCCAGCCUAGGACGAGAGCUAAGGUCAAUGCAAACACGUGCGAUGACAGCUAAGCGUCCAAACGACAGCCCCCGAAUAGACGCAAACCCGUUGUAA